AUGCUAAAAUCUCUUGAAGACUAUCUCAUAGAAAUCAGCACAGCUCUCGACUCCGCCUUAAAUAUCAGAAAUUUCCCAUCACAGCACGAAGAAAGGCAUAAUAAGCCAGAAGUUGAAACAAGAAAAUCAAAAGAACUUCUAUUGCCUCCCAUAGUUCUUACAAGAUCCAAAUAUGAAGAAACUUUAAUUGAGCCUUCAAUAAACUCAACUAGAGUUUCUUUAAGGUUCAAAAAGGUUGAUGAUCUAGACAGGCUUCUUUCUUCUAUGUUCAUGCGAUUUUUGACUCUCAGAGCUGAACAAUUUCUUAUUAUGAGAAGAGUGCCUAUAGAAGGAUAUGACAUCAGCUUCUUGAUUAUUCAUACUCAUAUGGAGCAGCUUUACAGAGAAAAACUGAUUGAAUUUAUUGUUACUUUUUUGAAAGAAAUUGAAAAAGAAAUCAAUGAAAUGAAGUUGUCUGUGAACUCGAGAUUAAGAAUGGCAGCAACCCAAUUUGUAGCUAGCAUCGUAAAAUAA